UCUUAUCGGCUCGCGUUGGCCUGAAAAACGAGCUGUCGCCGCCGCAGUGCCAGCAGUCCUCAUUCAGACGCGAAUCCGUUGAGUACGCGGUCGCCCCAGGGGCGGAUGACUAUAUCCAUUCCAGCGGAUCCGCGACCCACAACAUCACGGCACCACGGAAACGACCACGCGUACCACGAAACUUCCUGCAUAUCCUACAACGCCUACGAAAUGCCAAGUGACGAUGCCAGUUUUAUAGACCUUUUCUAAGCCAGCGAGAUACGAACAGCGAUAGCGAAGGCGAGGCGCCAGUGAAAGUGCCAUCCGCCCAAUCAAGACGGCCACGGCCUGGUAAUGACAGCCAGCGGUCGGAUUCGCAAGCGAAAGCAUAAAAGCCACACAAGUGGCGACGUUCCCAGUCCAACGGCCAGUCCUACGGCGGCAAUGGCGCCGGAAAAGGGCGAGGAGACAGUGGUGGAGGAGGCCGCCCUCUCCGGGGACUAUAAUAAUUUCACGCAUAAUUUCGUCGAUUUGCAGAACCUCUUGAGUUUCAACGAAUUGAACGGCAGCAGCCCCUCGAGCGCAUCGAGUGCCAUUACGUUGAGUAACGGCGCCAUCAGAGACACUCUGCUGGGCACGGUGUUGACCACGGCCACGGCCACGGUGGCUCCGGCGGCCAGCUCCCUGAUAGCCACCUUGGUGUCCAGCACGACGGCAUCGGCGCGGGUAGCGGUGCCGGGCAGGGGCCUGGCCAUCGCCGACGCCACCUCAUCCACCUACUACGCCAACUUGCUAAACCUGUCGCCGGCCACCACGAGCCUGAUCUCGGCGGCGGCGGCCACCAAGUCGUACAACGACAGUGCCCUGCGGUGGGAGCAGCUGGACGGGAGCGUGGACUUCGGGUUCGAUCCGCUGUACCGCCACUCGCUGGCCAUGUCCAUGGUGUACUGCGUGGCCUACAUCGUGGUCUUCCUGGUGGGCCUCGUGGGGAACAGCUUCGUGAUCGCCGUCGUCCUGCGGGCACCUCGCAUGCGUACCGUGACCAACUACUUCAUUGUCAAUCUGGCCAUCGCGGACAUCCUGGUCAUUGUCUUCUGCCUGCCGGCCACACUGAUUGGCAACAUCUUCGUGCCCUGGAUGCUCGGAUGGCUGAUGUGCAAGUUUGUGCCCUACAUACAGGGUGUCUCCGUGGCAGCCUCGGUUUACAGCCUAAUUGCCGUUUCCCUGGACAGGUUCAUUGCCAUUUGGUGGCCCCUGAAGCAGAUGACAAAGCGACGUGCCCGCAUCAUGAUAAUCGGCAUAUGGGUAAUCGCGCUGGUGACCACCAUCCCAUGGCUGCUCUUCUUCGACCUGGUGCCCGCCGAGGAGGUCUUCUCCGACGCCCUGGUCUCGGCCUACUCGCAGCCGCAGUUCCUCUGCCAGGAGGUGUGGCCCCCGGGCACCGACGGCAACCUGUACUUCCUGCUGGCCAACCUGGUGGCCUGCUACCUGCUGCCCAUGUCCCUGAUCACGCUCUGCUACGUGCUCAUCUGGAUCAAGGUCUCCACGCGGUCGAUUCCCGGCGAGUCGAAGGACGCCCAAAUGGACCGCAUGCAGCAGAAGAGCAAGGUCAAGGUCAUCAAGAUGCUGGUGGCCGUGGUCAUCCUGUUCGUGCUCUCCUGGCUGCCGCUCUACGUCAUAUUCGCGCGGAUCAAGUUCGGAUCGGACAUCUCGCAGGAGGAGUUCGAGAUCCUCAAGAAGGUGAUGCCGGUGGCGCAGUGGCUGGGCUCCUCGAACAGCUGCAUCAACCCCAUCCUCUACUCGGUGAACAAGAAGUACCGACGCGGGUUCGCUGCCAUCAUCAAGUCGCGCAGCUGCUGCGGACGCCUCAGGUACUACGACAACGUGGCCAUCGCCUCGAGCACCACCAGCACCCGGAAGUCGUCGCACUACCACCAGAACAGCUCGCGGAAGAGCCCGAGCAGCAAGAACAACGCGGUGUCCUACAUCUACGAGCACAACUCGCUGCGGCGCCACAACAUGAUGCUCAAGCAGGACAGCAACCUGUCGCAGCAGAUGCUGCUCAAGCAGGACUCGCACGGAUCGCGCCAGUUCCUCAUCAAGCAGGAGAGCUCCUGCAGCGACGCCUCCGGCAUCCGGCGACCCCUGUGCCAGCAGGACAGCAACGGCUCCAAGGUGUCGCUGUCCAAGCAGGACUCGAUUGUGUCCUACAUGGAGGCGCGCCGGGCGGCGGGCCACGGCCUGAACGACGCCUUGGUGGACAGGGACAGCGUCUCCGUGGAGUCGCGUCGUCCGGUGGCGGCCACCCCGAGCUCCCUGCUGGACAAGCGGCAGAAGUUCGUGAAGCAGGACUCGGUCAUCUCGUUCGUGGACCAGCGACCGGAACAGCGGCGCCACCAGCUGGUCAAGCAGGACUCGGUGAUAUCCUUCGCCGACCAGCGACGCGGGCUGCUCCACAAGCAGGACUCGCUCAUGGCCAACCGGGCGGGCGACGCACCCACCCACCACGUCUCCAUUCUGAAGAAGACCGACUCGCAGCUCAGCUACGGCAGCUCUACUUCUCCGCGCAGGAGUGCGGAUCUGUACGAGUAGGCAGCCAUCGGUUGGACGAACUCCUAACUCUGGUGGGAAACUCCUGCCAUUUGUGUGGGUCGGUUUUUGUGGGACAAAAAGUGUUAAGACUCCUCGGGGCUCAUGUAACCCAUGCGCUUCGGAGCACCAUUAUGAUAUGAUUUAA